AUGCAAAUUUUGCUCUGCUGCUACCUGGGGAUUACUAAAGCUGCAUCCCUCAAUGGUUAUCCAAUAGGGAAUCUCCAAUGGAUCCAAGAAAGGACAUCCAAUAGGCCAUCCAAUGGACAUGUCCAAGGAUUAUCCUUGAACAAGACAUUUAGUCCAUCCAGUGGAUGUCCAAGGAGGAAAUACGUUACCAUGAAGGUGGUUCACAGGGAUCUUGCUGCAAGGAACAUUCUAUUAGGAGAAGAAAACAUCGUGAAAAUUUGUGACUUUGGCCUUGCCAGAGACAUAUACAGAGACAAUCAGUACGUUAUGGAAGGGGUUGGUCCAUUGCCGAUAAAAUGGAUGGCAUUAGAAUCCCUCACGGAGAACAUGGUUUCUACACCCCAAUCAGAUGUUUGGGCGUAUGGUAUAACACUUUGGGAAAUGUUUAGCCUUGGGAUGACCCCUUAUCCUGGGAUGAGCGGCCAGGAACUCGUCGAGCGUCUUAAAGAUGGCUAUCGCUUGGAUGCUCCUCAAUACGCCAAAGAUAAUAUCUACCAGAUCAUGAGAAAGUGUUGGCGUGCGUAUCCGAGCAACCGGCCGACUUUCUCCACGUUGAGCGCAUGGUUCGGGGAGAUGCUGUCGGAGUCUGAGCUUCAGCACUACCUGGAAAUGAACAAGCCGUACGAGGAAAGGAACAUCGAGUAUUUUCGUACCAAGACGGACUAUCUGCGGAUGAUACCAGUGAAACCGGAUGAUGGAUACGUUCGACCCUUGAGAAGCCGGGAUGCAGGCGUGGAAAAAUAUGAUGUCACAGCUUCACAUACAUAUGUGAACUCUGAGAUUUCUCAGCCCAAGGUCCACUACCUCCCGAUGACUUCAACGAAAUUACAAGCUGACCUCCAGGAAACUAUGGAACCACAAAUCCAAGAAGAAAUUCCAAUUGCAAAUUCAAAUAUCAUUGUGGGCCCAAUCAUCAGGAGCGAGCAAUACCGAUCCACUGGAUCUGAGCCAAGGCUCGAAAUACGAUUGACUUCAACUGACGAAGACCACCGACUUGAUCACGAGGAGGGGCUGGACCACGAAGAAACCCCUCUGGAUAAUUUAGCCAACGACUUGGAACUGAUUGCACCAGAAGUACCCUGUACCCACUUGUAG